UUCGUUUGCUUGUUUGAAUUUGUUGUUUUAUUUUGUUCAAAGUUUAUUUUUACAGUUAUCAUCAUUGGAAAAUUAAUUUCGCAUCAAAAGGAACAUGUUGAAUAAACAAAGAUGUAUAAGUAUAAUUCUAAUGUUUACCGUUAUAUUGUUAAGUUCAAUCUAUAUAGAAAAAUCAGAAGCGUUGAAGUGUUUAGUUUGUCAAAAUUGUACAAAUCUCACUAUUAAAUCUCAAUUCACAAUACGCAGUGGUUGUAAAUAUUGUCAGAAAAUAGUCAAAUUGAAAAAUGGUCAUUUAAAUGCUACACAAAGAGACUGUCUAAUGGAUAAAUGCACGAAUGAGAAUAAAUCCGGUUCACCAUGGUUCAACAUGACUACUUGUUGUACAAAGAAGGAUUUAUGCAAUGAAUCCAAUAGAAUAUCACCAUCAUCAUCAUCAUUAUUUGGAAUGAAUAUUCAAUUCAUCUGGUUAUUGUUUAGUGUUUGGAUAUGGUCAAAUUAUUGAUUAGAAUUAAAUAUACUCUUUUUUUUCUAA